CUGCGAGAAGGCUCAUCUCCGAGCGGCCGCGCCAGGCCCGCCCGACACGGCCCGCAUCCUCCUCCCACUCCGACCCGGGCAGCCCGGCUAAAACCCGAAGCCUCCCAAGUGGAACUGUCUUCUCUCGAUCCCCGGGCAGGCGCUGCGCGCUUUCUACCACCCAAGGCGGCCAGUCUCCAGAGGGUAAGUCCCGGGGCCAGACGGCGUCAUGGAACCCCAGGGGGCGCAGCUUCUAAGUUUGGAGCCGCCGGGACCGGCACCCCUUGAAGAUCCCCCAGCAGCCGAGGAGCCGCCCGCCCCAGAGGUCAACUGCACGGAGAGUGGCGCGGACGGCGGCGGCACGUCGGAGGCCUCGAGCCCGGACGCCGAGCCUCUGUCCACCCGGGAAGGGGCUGCCCUCCGGCAGCAAGAGGAGCUGCUGGAAAGUCGCCGCCGCCGCCGCGCGCGCUCCUUCUCCCUGCCCGCCGACCCGAUCCUGCGGGCGGCCAAGAUCCUGCAGCAGUGGCCGCUGCCUGCCGCCGGGCCGGGCGCAGAGGGCGGCGAGGGCGCGCCGCACAGCCCCGGCGACUGCUGCGCCAAGUGCAAGAAGCGGGUGCAGUUCGCGGACGCGCUGGGGCUUAGCCUGGCCAGCGUGAAGCACUUCAGCGAGGCCGAGGAGCCGCAGGUGCCGCCCGCCGUGCUCUCCCGCCUCCGCAGCUUCCCGGCGAGCGCCGAGGACCUGGAGCAGCUGCCGGGCCUGCUGGCCGCGGCGGCCGCGCCCCUCCCCGCGCCGCCUUCCCGGCUGCGGCCUCUCUUUGAGCUCCCCGGGCCGAGCGCCGCGGCCGAGCUCCUGCGACGGCAGCGCGUGUGCCUGGAGCGCGUGCAGUGCUCGGCGCCCUGGGGCGGGGAGGUGACCGGCUCCGGUCGGGUGCUGGGCUGCCCCGGGCCGCGGGCCGUGGCCGUGCGCUACACCUUCACGGAGUGGCGCUCCUUCCUGGACGUGCCGGCCGAGCUGCGCCCCGAGCCUGGGGCGCCGUCGGGGGACGCCGGGCCCGGAUCGACCCAAGAGGAACCCGGCGCCGAGCGCUUCUACUUCGCGCUGUGCCUGCCCCCGGGCCUGCAGCCCCAGGAAGGGGAGAACGCGGACGCGCCUGGCGUCGCCGUCCACUUCGCCGUCUGCUACCGCUGCGCCCAGGGCGAGUACUGGGACAACAACGCGGGGGCCAACUACACGCUGCGCUACAUGCGUCCGGCCGACGCGCUCUGAGCCCGCCGCCCGCGCCCCGCAGCGCUCCCCGGGACCGCGGGAAGGGGCCGACAGGCGCGCGGAGCUCGGGCAGCCGCGACGCUUUGCCCAGAGUCGUCCCCUGGAGAGAGGCAGGCGCUCACCGCAAGCUCGCACCCCACACAGACCCCGCCAGCAAGCAGGGCCCGUGCGAAGCACCCACCCUUUCCAACCGCUUUCCCGUCGCUUAGGCCCCCGGAAUUCUCGGCCCGCGUUGGGAUGGAAAGACAUCCUCAAGACCCCCGCCGUAGCUUUCUCCAAGAAGAAGGCUCCUGACUCCUGAGCGAGGCUGCAAAGCCUUGGGAUUUUUGCUUUCAACUGUAGACGUCGUGUUCCAGCCCUUGCAGCCUGCAGGAGAGCCCUCGGCUCGCAGGGAGAGGCCUCGAGCCGCUUCGCGCCGAGGGGAGGCGUGGAAGCCUUCACACUGUGGCCCGUUUCUCGAGAAAACCAGGGCCCAGGCUGUCCUUUCCUCUUCAGCUGGGAUCUGGGAAUUGUUUGCCCAGAAUCGUGCGUUUGCUGACAAAUGUCCUUUAGAAAAGGGAAGGCCACGUGUGCGUCGCUUACUUUGUAUCUCAGCUCCUGGCAGUUGGCAAGGCCCCGGCCGGCGGGCCAUCGUCCUCAGCGGAUGCUGCUGCACCUGACAGUAAUCAAGCAACAGUAUUUUCACAUUUCCCUUCUUCCAUCCCUCCUUUCGGAUGUGGAAAGGCCCAGAUUUCCCAUCUUGGGCUGGAGUGUUCUAAAAAAUGUUUUCUAGAAGUCGUUCUUACCCCCGGCAAAGUAAGAUGCUUGGUGAGCUGAAAUGCCAGAGUGAUCGGUUGAUUUUGGCUGUGAGCCUCCGGAGCGGGUCCCCAGCCCCGGGCCCCCUUUGUGGAGGCAAAGCAUGUCAUAGACUUCUGGGCCGUUAGCAGUCAGAGAAGCUGGACCCUGGGUGGCUGGACUCCAAGCCAGGAGAUGAGGCAUGGAAAGGUGGCUUUUUGUCGCUCUUGGAGCCACAGUAGGGAGUGGUGUCUUGAAUGUUGAAGCACGCUGAGCAAAUCAAUCCUGCUCCAGACCCACUGGGCACCCUGCACAGGCCGGGACUGUGGGCACCAGUCAGGUUGGCCUUCUUCGUCCACUGCUGAUGGCUGUGGAUGCCAGGACAAGGGGCCGUGCGUGCCCGGGGCCCGUGAGCCUCCUGAGGACGUGAGCCCUUCACACCGUGGGCAUCCCACGGCGAUCUGUCUUUCCUUGAUUUUCAUAUGAUCAAGCACAUGGCUAGUGCAAUUGAUUCACAUUGUAAUGGUAAUCUUUAAGGAGGGGAUGGCCUCACUGUGGCUGAGCAGGAAUCAGGUCUGUGUCCUACAGCCUGCGGGCCAAAUUCAGCCUGAAGCCUGUUCUUGCAGGGCCUGAGAACUAACAAGAUUUUGUUUUGUUUUUUUAUGUUUUUAAAUAGUUUUAAAAAAUUCAAAAGAAGAGUACUAUUUUUGUGACACAUGAGAACUAUAUGAAAUUCAAAUUUCAGUGUCCAUAUAUAAAGUUUUAUAGGAACACAGACAUGCACAUUCAUUUACAUACUAACCAGGACUGCCUCCCUGCUACAAGAGCAGGGCUGAGUAGAAUGCAACAGAGACCAGAUGGCAAAGCUGAAAAUAUUUACUAUCUGGCCCUUUACAGAAAGUCUGCCAACCCCUACUCUAGGGAAGUAGUAUUUUUUUAAACUGUAUGUUGAGAGUUACACUUAAUAAAGCAGUUACACUUAUAGUAAAAUUUGCCACUUGAAAUAAACCUCCUUUGGGUAAAGGUAAAACUGGUUACAUUAGUCUCAGCAACCUUGGUUACAAUAAACCCUAAGACACUAAGUGUGCAAUUAUUACUGUACUGGGGGAGCGGAACCCACCUGCUGCCUUCUUACAUCUAAGAAGUAAUACAAAGUCAGGGCAACUGAGAUACAGCGCCCACCUGAAUUAACAUCAGGCUACCAAAAACUACCAGAUAUUUCUAUGCCUCAAAAUGGGGUGGCUUAAGCUAUAGAAACAUUUAGUUUGAACUCUGGUUUGCAGACAUCCUUUUGGACUACAGCAGUGUUUGCCAAAGGUAAUUGAUCAUGGAAAAAAUGUUAAAUACUAAUAUAUUAUUGGAAAGCCAUCAGAAGUCAAUGAAUUAUAAUUUUCACUUGGAGUAGGGCAGACUAAAAAGAUGGUCAUGUCGAUGAAACACGUGUUCUUAUAAAAAACUUUGUGACAAUAACAGGUAAUUCUUAGAAUUACAUAACUUUUCUGCUACUGGACUAUCACUUCCUUUUUAAAAGUGCCUUAUUGCAUAAUUACAACACCUAGAUA